AUGCCGGUAACAGCAGCGCAAAAGACCGCUAUCGAGGGGGUCCUCAAAGCCAUCACUGGGCUCACGAGCUCUAAGAAAAAACGACAGUUUGCGGAAAUGUUCUUGGAGUUGGUGGAUCGAGAGUCCUGGGCAGACUACUAUGAGGUCAUCCCGGAACCGAGAUCUCUCAACGGCAUCUCCGAAAAAUUGAGGGCGAACAAAUACAAGGAUGCGUUGCAGGUGUACGAGGACCUGACGCUUGUGUUCCUCAACGCGCUCUACUACAAUGAGCCGAGUAGUCAGAUCGCCAAGGACGCACAAACGCUCAAGGCUUUGUUGGCCACGGAGUGGAGGCAGCACGCCGUCCUGCCCGCACCGCCCGAAUCACCUCCACAAUCGUCUGCCCAGAAACAGCACGCGGGCACUGGAUCAUCCGUAGCACCAGCACCUCCCGCAGUGGCAGCUGUAGCCGAGUCUGCAGCCGCAGUCGCACCUACACCAUCUCCGGCGACAGUCUCCACACCUGCCACAAUUACGCCCGCCCCUGCGCUGGUUCCAGCCCCAACCCUCGCUCCUGUAGCAGUGCUACCAAAGCCUACCUUGACCAAGUCCCCUCAGCGGCCCUUGACCCCUGACAUCGAAAUAGAUGUGGGAGGGACGCCCGAGCCAGAGAGUAUGGGCGUCGGCGAGCCGAUGGCGCGUGAUGUAGAUGGUGAUGCGAUCGUGCAGCAAUUGGAGCGCGGACUGCCACGCUGGGAAGGGCUGGCGGACGUUGCUUGGAUGGCGCAUGGCACUGCGGACCGGUGGUUGGAGGUCGUGUUGGCGAUCAAAAGCCACAAGGAUAUCAUAGGCAAUCGGUUGUCCGUUGCCUUGGAAGCCGUUCCGGAGGAGUCGACAAUUCCCUAUCUCUCGUACAAUUUUCCUCUUUCGCUUAAACUCAUCGAGACUCGUGCUCGCAGUAAAGGUUACGACUCAGCUAAAGCCUUCGAUAGAGAGAUGAUACAGCUGUUCGAAAAGGCUCGCAAAUGGCAUGAUCCGGGCUCCGAAGCCUACGGACGGGUCCUUCUUCUCCAGCGCCUGUAUCAAGCAAUCACGUCGCCAAAUCCCCCCGCAGGGCCUCCAUACGCAUCCGCCACGAACUUUGCUUCCCUUCCUGCUGGCCCGGGCACUGCUCGGCCUUUGCACUCCUCUGACUCUGAGAAGCAGCCCGGCGUGACGACAUUCCGGGUCUCUACAAAGGACAAGACGUUCGUAGACGAGGUUCAAUACAAGGGCUGGACCAUCAGACUUGCUGAUUGGCUACAUCUGAGCAACCCAGACGACCCUGCUAAGCCAAUUAUAGCUCAAGUGUUCAAGUGUUACGUUUCAGAUGAGCCUUCAAAACGGGGCCAGCCGGGCGUGUCAGUUUGUUGGUAUUACAGGCCGGAACAAACCUUCCACCCCGCGCACCGUCAAUUCUGGGAAGGCGAGGUUUUCAAGACCAGCCAUUUUGCAGAUCACCCAGUCGAGGACAUCAUCGAGAAAAUCGCCUGCCAGUUCACCGCCCGACAUAUUCGCGGACGGCCACGCCCGCCAUAUUGGUACCUGGGUUGGCCCUUAUACGUGUGUGAUUCGCGGUACAAUGACCGUGAACGCAUCUUCGUCAAAAUCAAGAAUUGGAACUCUUGCGUGCCCGAGGAAGUGCGCAAGUCGACGGAAUUCAUGCCUAUAUACCCGUUUGAGCGUCCCGUCCACCCGCGUCUGUUCGCCAGCCCGUUCUUGCAGGGCAAACUCAAGGGCCCCGGAGGCAUCGGCGAUUCCGUGGAGAAGGUAGAGGGUGAAAAGGUGGAGGGUGGUGGGACUGGGCGCAAGCGCUCAAAGAAGAGCCAUCCGUCUGCUACUGAUAUCUCUGGCCCGAGCAAAGGCCUGUACGUUGGGAUUCCAGGGACCAAUAUCACCUCUGCGACUCCAGCCAUGGGAUCGCUUGGAGGCUACUCUUCAUACGCCGGUCAAUACGGCCUUCCUUUGCAAGGACAGCGCGCGCAGAGCACACAACCUCGGCCGACGGAAGACAGGUCGAUUGUCACCGCUGCUGGUGGGCUUGCCGCCCUUGGCAACUCCAUCACGAUAGAAAAGCUGCCUCCGGAGACCGCGAGACACUUCGAUCGCGACCCGGAGACAAACGAAGUGCUCUGGUUCUCUGCGCCCCCUAUCAACGUCGCACAUCAACGUGCGCCGACUUACAGCUUGAAGUACCUGCAUUGGCUCGCUACAAAACGAAAGCGAUCAGCACAGGGUGCCAACGCAACGGACGAUGACCAGGAGGGCGGGCCUGCGCAGAAGAAGCAACGAGCUCGUCCCACAGUGUCCGAGUCAAUAAAUGCGCUUUGGGCUGAUCUUCAGCUGGACGCGAGCAGUUGAUCUACGCAAGAGGUAAUGGAAGUCUUUGCCUUUGCUAAUGGCUCCACUCGACGUAACUUAUUCGCAGAUGCUUGUCAUGUACCUUACCUUUCGCGCUGUCUCAUCCCAAUGUGCUUAAUAUAUACCACUUGUUGUAUACC